AUGGACGAGGAAGAGUUGGCGCAUUAUGCUGAAGUGUUGCUCUCGAUGAAGGAAUAUGAAAGCUACGUGUGGCGGGAGGGCUUUCGCAAGAAGCAGCACCUGAAGCGUCUGAGUGAAAAGCAUGCGCGCCGACUCCCAGCGUUCACUGCCAAAGACAGCAUUCCUGCAACGCUGAGAUGUGCAAAAAAGAACCAAGAGUUUUGGGACCAAGUGUGCGCGAUGCAAUCGAACUUUGGGCCCGAGGUGGAUCUCCCGACCCACGUCAACUUGAAGGAGCCGAUGAAGACACCAUAUCGCCAUUACUCCAAGCUCAAGAGCACAUUCCAUCAACUCGUGCGGGACUGGGCCGUUGAGGGCGCGGAAGAGCGCGAGCGAUGCUACAAACCAAUUCUAGACGAACUCAAGCGUGUGUUGCCUGUGAGCGAAGACAACAGGAACUUGCAAAAGGUGCUUGUCCCCGGCGCAGGGCUGGGGCGAUUGGCGCUGGAGAUUGUGUCGGCAGGGUAUGCCGCCCAGGGCAACGAGUUUUCGUACCAAAUGCUCUUCACGAGCAACUUUAUCCUCAACUGCGCCCGGCAGCCCGACGCGUACACCGUGCAUCCUUGGAUCGACAACCCAUCCAACGUGAUGACAUUUGACGACUUUGCUCGGCCCGUGACUAUCCCCGAUGUCGCCCCCGACUCCCUGCUCGCCUUGACUGCGACGCCAUCGGGCGCGGAACCCAACUUUUCCAUGUGCGCUGGCGAAUUCCUCGAAGUGUAUUCGCAAGAGCGAGACGCGUGGGACUGCAUAGUUACGUGCUUCUUCAUCGACGCCGCCCCCAACGUGAUCGAGUUCAUUGAAGCGUUCGAGCGCUUGUUAAAACCAGGCGGAGUCUGGAUCAACUUGGGACCGUUGCUGUACCAUUGGCAAAACGGAAGCGGCGCUGAGGACGACCGGUACGACCAGUCGAUCGAGCUCACAUAUGAAGAGAUCAAGCACGUGGCCGAGGGCUACAACUUAAACUUUACGAAGGAAGAGCGAAAGGAGUGCCUGUACACGUGCAAUCCGACGUCCAUGUUGCGGUCCGUGUACAACUGCAUCAUGUUCACCGCGAUCAAAGGCACGCCGUUGGAGUCGUACCCUGCGUCUGCAACGAAACCUGCGCCAGGAAUCGAGACAACGAAGGAUCAGUCAACGAGACGGAGCUAG